AAAGCCUGGCUCGGCCGAAAGCGUGACGAAUAUCUCUUAAUAAUGUUGACUCUGGCGGCCACCGCGAGUAACCUGCCCAUUCUGAACAUCCAUACAUCCGGGUACGACGACGACGUGAGCGACCGCCUUAACCACGUGUGGAGCGUCUGCAUCCUGUGCGUGUUCGCCAUCCUCAUCUCCCUCACCGAGUAUGUGGGCGACCCCAUCCACUGCUGGUGUCCCGCCGAGUUCACCGACAGCCACUGCAACUACACGGAGGCCAUCUGCUGGAUCAAAGACACUUACUACAUCCCAGCAGACGACAUGGUCCCGUGGGACCCGAACGAGAGGAACGAGACGGAGGUGAAGUACUACCAGUGGGUGCCGAUCAUCCUGCUGUUCCUGGCUCUGUGUUUCAAGCUGCCCAAUCUCUUCUGGGAGGCACUCAACACGAAGACCGGCUUCAACCUCAAGAAGAUCAUCUUCAUGGCGGAGGGCGCUCAGAUUGGGGCAAAGUGCGAGACCAGCGUGGAAGCGCUCGCCACAGUUUUCGACCUCACCUUGAAGACUUCCAAGCGCUCUGAGUACGGCUUCCUGCACUCGUGUAUAGAGAAGGUUUCCUCGCUGUGUUGUUUCUGCCUGGGUCGCCGGACCGGAACCUACCUGACGGGCUUGUACCUGGGCAUCAAAUUGUUCUACAUCUUCAUGACCUUCGCACUGCUGUUUCUUCUCAACAAAUUCCUGGCUAUGGAUUACAUCCUGUAUGGCGUGGAGGUCAUAGACCAUCUCGUCAAUAACAACGAGCUGCGAGAAUCACCGAGAUUUCCCAGAGUCACCCUGUGCGACUUUGAGAUCCGCCAGAUGCAGAACAUCCAACGUUUCACGGUCCAGUGCGUCUUGUCUGUGAAUUUGUUCAACGAGAAGGUCUUCGCCUUUCUCUGGUUCUGGAUUUGCUUCGUAGCUAUCGUUAAUAUCUACAGCUACCUGAGCUGGUUGAUAAAGCUUACCUUCCCCUCGAAUCGCAUCAAAUACGUGUACAAGUAUCUCAUGUUGGUUCACAAAGGCCUGAGAAAGGCCCACGCUGAAGGGAAGUUCACGCGUGACUACCUGACCACCGACGGCGUCUUCCUGUUAAUGAUGUUGGAGUAUAACGUCAAUGAAAUGCUCGUCAUGGAUCUGGUUAGACAUCUGUGGUCAAAAUAUAACGAAACGGUCGUGGUCUGACGAAGAAUUUUACGUCUGGUGGUUUGACAGGCAAAAUGUGACGUGUAACCUUGAAAUCGAUCGUGUUUUGUGUGUUAGAAUACAUAGGCGUACGGACUUCCAUUUCGGGGGG